UUGCAAAGACGUGGGUGCGUAUCUUUAUCCCAUGCCCUUUCUUUCUUGACAGACCUCUUUAUACUAUAUGCUACAAUUUCCUCAUGUUGUAAUGAAACGUCUACGAAAGAAGAAAAAGAAGAAUGGUAGAGAACGACUGCUGACGAGUAUGAACAAAAAGGACUUCAUGACAGCCGUGAGCUUACAAUGUAAAAUCCACAACCAUCACCCAGAGUGGUCAAACGUAUGCUCAAACCCCCUCUCACCUUCCCCACCCAACUUGCGCAGAUACCCGAGAAAGGACGAGAGUCUCUCAUCCAAAGAACAGGUCUACAACACAACUUUUAUCCGGUGGACGACACAUAACCCCAAGGGCCUGUCGGACAAGGACCUCAAGCUUGCUCUCAUCUGCGACGCGCUGGCCAAGGACUUUGGCGAGGUCGAGGUGCCGGCUUCAGAGGCCACGACCGGCGGCGGAGAGACUGUCAGCUGCGGUAUCCGGGGCCUGGCUGAUAAGGCGGCGGGUACGGCUGGAGACUGUUGUACGCCGAAGAAGUAGUGUGUCUAAGCCGUGGCCCGGAUGGUGAACCUCACUUCGGAUCCUAGGUCCGGGGGGUUUUUUUUUUUUGGCUGGGCUUCUUCCUUGUACAAUACUGUAAACACGUGUGG